CUUGCGGCGGCGGCUGGGUGCAGAAAAGAUUCCAUUAAUGAAACAUAAUAGAGAGGGAGACGAAUUUAAGCCCUGGUUUUGAACCGUCCACUGAAGCCAGAGCAAGAGAGUAGGCGUACACAUUCAGUGACAUCACUGUCAAUGGGUCUGCCCUUGCAACACGCGAACAAUGACUCUGGCUCGCUCGCUCGGCUCUGUCAGUCUUUGUUCAGCACCACAAGGCGACACGUGCGGGCCCUGCACGCGUGUAAGCUCUGGUUACCGACGAAAACAAGUGGGAUUAAAGGAACCUCUAGCAGCACCACCACCACAACCAUCUAGAGCUCCACCAUCACUGGCACCACCACAACCAACAGCACCAUCAACAAUAUUCCAACUCCUGCAAACACCACCACCUGCCACCGCCAAUAUCACCAGCGCCACCAAAACCACAGCUGUUAUAUUCCCACCACCACCACCACUGUUCCACCUCCUCCACCGUCACCAGCAACAUCUCAACCCCCACCCGCCUCCACCGCGCUCGGCGAUGUCCCCGUGCCGCCCGUGCGAGGCCUGCGGCGAGCUGCUCGCCGCGCUGCUGCGGCUGCUGCGGCGCAUCGUGGACGGCGGCGGACGCUGCGUGCGCCGCGGCGUCGCCCUUCUCAAGAGAGCGGCGCUCGGGAGGGCGGCCGGCGGCGGCGGCGGCAGGGGCCGGAGCGGCAGCGCGGGAUCCUCCCGCGGGAGAGAAGGAGGAGCGGGGGAAGGAGGAGCUGGAGGCCUCCGUCGCGAGUACGACGGCGACGACACCGACAGCGACGACGCCGACAGCACCGCUGGCCGCAGAGACAGCCGUGCGGAGGAGGUUCUGCUGAAGGCCCCCCCUGCUGCCGGCGUUGGCGAGGAUCUGUCUACGCUCGAGCUGUCGGCCGCCACUCAGCUUCUGCGGAGCAUCGAGAGCGCAGGCGAGCCGGGGGGCUCCCUGGACGAGAAGCGCCUCCAGUGGCUGGCGGCCCUGGCCUCGUCCUCCGAGCCGAGAGCGCAGGAGCCCGCGGCUGUCUACUUCCUGCACGCCGGCCGCACCGCUGGCUGCACGCUGCCGGAGGAGAGCGUGCCCUUGCUGCUGUCCCUGCUGCGGUCAGAGGACGCGAGGGUUCAGAGCGUCGCGUGCGAAGCGCUGCAUCAUCUGCUCAAGAAUCGCGCCGUUGGCGCGGAGGUGACGGUCCAGGCCGGAGCGGGCGGCGCGCUGGUGGACGCGCUGGAGAGUGGCGACACGGCGCUGCAGGCGUCCGCGUGCGUCUGCUUGGGGACGCUCCUCGACACAGGCCGAGGCUGCGAGCGGGAGCUGGUGGCGGCAGGCGUCGUCGCGUCUCUGGCCGUGCUCGCAAAGUCGUACGAGCUCCCCGUGCAGCGGAGCGCGGUCACCGCCGUCCACUCGCUCGCUCGCACGGAGACCGGGAGGGCAGCCCUGCACAGCGAAGGGGCCCUGCCUGUACUUGUGCUGCUGCUACAGUCGGGGGACCCAGAGGUCCAGCACCGCAGCUGCGCGGCGCUGACGCUGCUGUCCGCGGACGCCCAGAGCAGGGCGCAGCUCCUGUCGAUGGGGGACCGCUUCGUCGUGAAGUCGCUCCUCUCGCUCACGUCGUCGUCCGUCGAGAAGGUGUGCGUCCAAGCGUGCGAAUGCUGUCGCGUUUUGGCAACGGAGGAACCCGCACAGCUGACGCUCGUUGCCAUGGACGCACUGCCUCAGCUGCACGGCAUCCUGGGAUCGGGCAGCAGUGCGGCGAGGGGGGCGGCACUUUCCCUGCUCAACCACCUCUCCUCCAACCCUCACCUCCAGGAGGUGAUGGUGGAGCACGGAAUGCUGCAGGCGCUUGCGCGCGUGCUGGCGGAGGAGUGGGCGAAUCGGGACGCGGUGGUGAACGGCACGGCCGCGGUCGGACACCUCGGCUUGGCCCGCGGCUCGCAGGUGCUUCUAAGCAGCCGGUGCGUGGAGGUGCUACUCAAGCUGCUGGGCACUCUGGAUGCAGCCAGUCAGAAGGAAGCUCUCCUUGCAACUCUCUCCUCAUUGGCCAAGCUUUGCGAUGACGGAGCCGUGAGGAGGCGCCUGCUGCUGGACUCGUCAGGAUGCCCGGUCGCUCGCGUGGUGGAGAUGGCGGCUCACUGCCCGCACAUCCAGGGGCGCAUCCAAGCAAUGGACGUCAUCUGCCACCUGGCCUUGGAAGAUUUCCCCUCCCAGCACCUGGGGCCGCACCUCCCGGCCGUCAUCUCCACGCUCGACGACUUCCUGUCGCGCCGACGCAGCGACCCGCGCCUCCUGCAGGCCGCGCUGCACGCGCUCAGCGGCCUGACGCGUGACCCGGCCGUGUUGGCCAUGGUGCAGACCUCUCCUCUGGGCCAGUCCCUCCGCGCUCUGCACGAGGAGGUUGAGGAAACGAGGUGCCUGCUUCGCCGAUCCAUCGGACACAGCAGCAGCAGCAGCGGUGGCAGCAGCAGCGGUGGUAGCAGCGGUGGCAGCAGCGGCAGCAGCAGCGACGCGGACUCCUCCCCAGAGCCGAUUCAGAGCACCGACCCUCUGGGUCGUCUUCGCCCUGGGAGGCGUCUUCCGCCCGCUCUCGGUGGCAUUGCCCAAGGGGCGAGCGGAAGUCCACACGAUGACCACAGCGGCGGUGACGACGACGACGUAGAUUUUGACGUGAUUACUGAUGCUGUUCAUGUUGACGAACAUGGCGAUGGCGGCGAUGGCGGUGAUGGCGAUGGUGAACAUGGGGCUUGGAUCGUGAUCUCCUCCGAUGACUGCCAACUUUGAACAUUUAAACGCAGGCCGACGCUCUGGAAACAAAUCGACGAGGGACAUUUUAUCGACCGUGAAAUCGAGUUCUCUUAUUUGCGAUGCAGAAAUGGCAGCAAUUAUUACAUUUGUCGUUUUACGUAUCUUCUGAAGUUUAAAAGGAGCACUUUGCCCUAGUUUAAUCAGGCGCCGCUCUCCGUCCCGUGACAGCGAUGUGGGUCGUCGUUCUUCAUUGCGGUCAUGUAGAGCCACGCGUGCGGUGGGCUCGUGUGCAGCGUUCGUAGCUCACGUUGAGAUGGAACUCUUUUUCGACUAAAAGUAUUUUUUUGUUUCUGUAAAUGAAGCACCUCGUUUCAUCCGUUCACUCGUUCGAUUCAAUUCAGCAAUUUUAACUUUAACAGGGACUCUCAGAGGUGGCGGAAGAAUAAAUGAGGGAAGGGAAAGGUGUUGAGGUUCUGACAGAAGCGGCGACACCAACGCCGAUGUGCGGCACAGCGAGAGAGGAGGAAGCGAGUUUCAGACGAACCGGAGCUGCGAGGACGUCCAGGGGACACUCCAAUCAGCAGGGUUCAUGUGAUGCCAGUAGCAGGAGGUACGGCAAGUAGGUUACCGACUGGUUUUACAAACGUCUACGGUCUGACACGGGCACAGCAGCAAGCGGUGAAUGUUAAGUUAAAAGUAGUUUUUGUUUUUAACCAGUGAACCAAUCUUCAUAGCAAUAGAUUCGCACCGUCACGUUCUGUCGGUGUCCGAGUGGUUCGAUUUGUUUGGUAAACGAAACAAAAAUGGAGUAACGUGAAGAGUUCGGGCGAAAAAAAAUAAACAUUGCGGGAUAAAAAAAAAUCUUUAUAAAAUCCAGAAAAAUCUUCAGAAAACUGCACACUCGCCCGGCCAUGGCUCCCAGCGCCUUUGCGCGGCUGGAGAAUCACUCGCCUGGGGGAGAGGAGAAUGACGCUCUGAGUGGCGAUGACCCGGAACGCGAGCUGCGAGCUCCGAGUGGAGUGAGGAGCGAGACGCGGACUGCAUGGCGAUUAAAGCCGUGGGACAUCGACGAUGACGACGUUGACGAUGACGACGACGAUGAUGACAAUGACGAUGAACCAAGUCUAAAGAAAUAACGCAGCUUCGUCUGUCACGCUGCCGCGUAGAGUCUCGCAGUUGUUGUAAACCAGGAUGCUCUAACCAGUGGCACAGUGUGGGCCGGUUUGGGCCACCGUCGCAAAGAACGUGGCCCUCCCUGUGCAACGUCCGCCUCUCUUGGUAGCCCGGCCCCUGGGCCCCUCUGGCGCCUGGGCCCCUCUGGCCCCUGGGCCCCUCUGGCCCCUGGGCCCCUCUGGCCCCUGGGCCCCUCUGGCGCCUGGGCCCCUCUGGCGCCUGGGCCCCUCUGGCGCCUGGGCCCCUCUGGCCCCUGGGCCCCUCUGGCCCCUGGGCCCCUCUGGCCCCUGGGCCCCUCUGGCCCCUGGGCCCCUCUGGCAAGUGCACUGCCUGCACACUGACGUGACGGCUACACAAGAGCUCGUAACAAGCAACGUGUCCAAACGAUUUUCAUUCAUUUCCUUUUUUGGCAAUAUAACGCGUGAACAAGUUCACACAAUGGUCCGUGCGAGUUUGCUUUCUGGUGUUAACGUUGUGUGAAUCAUUCGCGUGAUAAACUUUUGAGGAUUUUUUUUUUAACGUUCUCAAGUGCAUUACUGUAGGGGGCCAGCAAACAAAUAGAGCCGGCGGUGGCCGAUGCACCACGCAUCACGAGGGUGGAUCGCGUGCAACAAUUCUCGUUGCGGCGAAUAGACAAACAUUCCCGACUUGAGAAGUCACACGUUAAAUGUGACGUCUGCCAGUGGAGUGUGAUUACACGUGUUAUUCAUCUAUUGUAAAUAUGGUUCAAUGUUCAGCCGUCUCUACAUUUAUGAUUAUUUAGAAAACAGCGUCCCAAUAUACAUUGUCAGACUCAGAAUCUUUGUUUAGACUCGAAGGAAUCCGAUGAGCUAUGAAGCUCCUUUUGUUCACUGACGUCCAGUUGGGGCAAGGGGUGAGCAAAGUGUGCAUUGUGGCAGGGGACGGGGGUGGUGGUGGUGGUGAAACACAAGACGAGAAAUUACAUAUUUACCCGGCAAUAAUGUCACUUGCCUCAUGUAGACAACAACAAUUACUGGCCAUUCCAGGGGGCUAAUUCGGGGUCAUUGUUGGUGAAAGUUUGGUGGUGAAGUCAAAGCCCCCACCACGUUGAGAUCCGCCAGCAAUUUCUGGUCGCGGUCGCUUUGGCGAAUCGGCCACCGCUCGCAGUUUUGCCUUUUAACAAAAAAAAAUACAUUUGACGGCGUGGAAGUAGCGACGCACGAUUAGAUAAGUGCGGCGAUGUCUGGGCGCGAUGCACGGUGGGUUUCUAACGCUCCUGGCGGUGUUUUUAAGGAGAAAAAUACUUUGUGAUGUGUAGGUCUACUCCAAUGCGUGUCGCGUUAGUUUUAUACUCCUCACUCGUCUUGUAACGAUCCGUCGAUUAAAACUGCUCUGCGCUCGUUACGCGUGCGUCGACCGAGCCCCUCUCACUCUCACUCGGCUGUUCGUGCAACUUCUACGCCAACUGGAGCACUGCAGACGGCAAAAAUCCGUUGCCGUAUUGCGAGGCUGUAGCCAUGGAGUCAACAUUGGGGGGACCAAAUCUUCCAGGGUGUCUGGGGGUCCCAACCCAGAAAAAUAUCUACAUAUUAAAACUCAUUUCCUGCCUAAAAUAUUUAAAAAUGAACUAACACAUGGGAUGGACUUUUUAUAAUUUUUUUUACAAUAAUGUCUAAU